GAAGGCGUGUCUCCUGUGACGACAAAAAGAAGUGUGCACACAUAUCACACUCUCCAGCACUCUCCUUCACUCUCCUCUCUCUCCACUCUCCUCCAUCUCCGUGCUCUCGCAGAGCAACAAUGGCGACAAAGCUAUAUCUCCCUCUCUCUCUCCUCCUCCUCCCUCUCUCUCUCCUCCAAGCCUUCUCCCCAGACACCCAACCCCUCCUCUCCUUCAAAUCCUCCUCCGACCCCCUCAACACCACCCUCCACUCCUGGUCCCCCUCCACCGACCCCUGCACCUCCUGGCCCUUCGUCACCUGCUUCCAGAACCGGGUAACCCACCUCGUCCUCGAAUCCCUCUCCCUCCGCGGCCCGCUCCAACCCCUCACCUCCCUCACCCACCUCCGCCUCCUCAGCCUCAAACGUAACCACUUCGCCGGCCCAUUGCCCGACCUCUCCAACCUCACCUCCCUCAAGCUCCUCUUCCUCUCCCACAACAACUUCUCCGGCGACCUCCCCCCGUCGCUACCCUCCCUCUCCAAGCUCUACCGCCUCGAUCUCUCCCACAACAGCCUCUCCGGCCAGAUUCCGGCCUCCCUCAACCGCCUCACCCACUUGCUCACCCUCCGCCUCGAGGCCAACCGGUUCUCCGGUACCAUUAACGAUAUAAACCUUCCUAGCUUACAGGACUUCAAUGUGUCUGGAAACAGCCUCGUCGGCCAAAUCCCCAGCUCUCUCUCCGGUUUUCCGAAAUCAGGAUUCGGAGACAACCAAGCCCUCUGCGGUUCGCCCAUGGAGGUGUGCAAGCCCGUUUCCGAAGACCCGCCCCGCCCCGGAUCGCCCGGGGCCCUCGCCAGCACCGUGGUGUCGUCCUCGCCCGCGACCACGGCGCCGAUCACGAAAGGAAAUCCUAGCCACGUCGGCGGCGGUAGAAAGAUAAGCCGGCUGGCGAUCAUUUCGAUCAUAAUCGGCGACGUUAUCGUGCUCGCCGUGGUCUCGUUCCUCCUGUACUGCUACGUGGCGAGGAGGAGGGGCGGGGGGAAGGGAGCGUCGUCGAGUCGUAUACUCGAGGGGGAGAAGAUCGUGUACUCCUCGAGCCCGUACCCGGCGGCGCAGCAGCAUUCGGAGAGGGGCAAGAUGGUCUUUUUCGAGGGGGCGAGAAGGUUCGAGCUGGAGGAUUUGUUGAGGGCGUCGGCGGAGAUGCUGGGGAAGGGGGGGUUCGGGACGGCGUACAAGGCGGUGCUGGACGACGGGGAUGUAGUGGCGGUGAAGAGGUUGAAGGAGGGGAGCGGCGGCGGCGGUGGUGGUGGUGGGAAGAGAGAGUUUGAGCAGCAGAUGGAGGUUUUGGGGAGGCUGAGGCACCCGAAUGUGGUGGGGCUGAAGGCCUACUACUUUGCCAGGGAUGAGAAGUUGUUGGUGUUUGAUUACAUGCCUAACGGGAGCUUGUUCUGGCUUCUUCACGGAAACCGCGGCCCUGGACGAACACCGCUUGACUGGACAACAAGGCUCAGGAUUGCUGCUGGAGCGGCUCGAGGACUCACCUUCAUCCACAACUCAUGCAAGUCCCUUAGGCUCACCCACGGCAACAUAAAGUCCACAAAUAUCCUACUCGACAAGGCCGGCAAUGCACGUGUCUCUGACUUUGGUCUCUCCCUCUUUGCCCCUCCGACGGCUUCCGUUCCACGUUCGAACGGUUACAGAGCUCCUGAAGCAGUGGACCCUCGAAAAAUCACCCAGAAAGCAGAUGUCUACUCGUUUGGGGUCCUAUUGCUGGAGCUGCUCACGGGGAAAUGCCCGUCCCUGGGGGAUAACUUGGGGCCUGGUAUGGGGUAUGGUGGGGUGGUAGACUUGCCCAGGUGGGUCCAGUCAGUGGUGAGGGAGGAAUGGACGGCUGAGGUUUUCGAUUUGGAGCUGAUGAGGUACAAGGACAUCGAGGAGGAAAUGGUGGGACUGUUGCAGGUUGCAAUGACUUGUACUUCAGCCGCCCCUGAUCAACGGCCUAAAAUGAACCAAGUCGUGAAGAUGAUUGAGGAGAUCCGGGGAGUCGAGGUGUCACCCUCACAUGAGGCUUUGGACUCCGACUCGCCUUCCGUAUCGGAAGAUACUUGCGCGGUGAGUCAGUGAUCCACAGGGUCUUUGUUUUCUGAAACAGUUGUAAGAGUGCUGUGUAAAGAUCUUUUCAUUCCAGCAGGUUUUGAUCUGAUUUCGGCUCAAUUAGAGAGGUCGUUGUGCGUUAAUUAGGUCUUAAUUAACGAUUUCGAGAAUAUUUAUUAUAUUGAGCUUUCAUAUUAACAAA